GUUACAGAAUAAUCAAUCAUCAAGAUUCCAUCCAAUCACAACACAAUCAUCAAACAACACACCAUCAUUACCAACACCAGCAGCGAAUCCGAUGCUUAUACAACCAAAUGCCUUUAAUGGAUCAACGAUUACCGCAACAGCAACAGCACAACAACAGCAGAUUGAUCCAACAAAAUUGACACCACCGAUACGAUUAACAAAACCAUCAUGGCCAACGAUAAUAUCAAGUAGUAGCAGUGGUGGUGGUGCUGGUGGACAACAACCAACAUCGAAUAAACCGCCAUCAACACCGUCGCAGCCAUCAACCUCGCCACAACCACAAUCACCACAGCCAUCAUUGAUCAAAAGGCCUAGUGGUGCUGGUAAUGAUUCAAUAACCGUAACAAUUGUACCUCAAACACAAACCUCAGCCUCAGCCACAACUACUACUGCGGUUCCUGGAACACCAGCUACCGCAACAUCAACAUCAGCAGCUGCAGCUAAACAACAACCAAAACGAAUUGUCCGUAAAGUGCCAAAAGUGCCGGAAAAAGCUGAACGUGUUCUUUAUUGUCUUCGUCUUAAGAAUCCAAUACGUCGGCUUUGUAUCAAUAUUGUUGAAUGGAAGCCAUUCGAAUGGCUUAUUCUAGUGACCAUUUGUUUGAAUUGUAUUGCAUUAGGUGUUUAUACACCAUAUCCUGGUGGUGAUUCCAAUGAUACAAAUUUGGUUCUAGAAAAAAUUGAAUACGUUUUUCUUGUGAUUUUCACAUUGGAAUGUAUAAUGAAAAUAUUGGCCUAUGGUUUCAUUGCACAUCAAAGUGCCUAUCUACGUAGCGCUUGGAAUCUAUUAGAUUUCAUUAUUGUCGUUAUUGGUCUAAUAUCGACCGUAGUGCAACAGAUUUCGGCCGAAGGUAUCGAUGUUAAAGCAUUACGUGCAUUUCGUGUUUUACGUCCACUACGUCUUGUAUCAGGUGUGCCAAGUCUACAAGUUGUGCUCAAUUCAAUCAUCAAAGCAAUGGUGCCUUUAUUACAUAUUGCAUUACUUGUGAUAUUUGUUAUCGUUAUCUAUGCCAUUAUUGGUCUGGAAUUAUUUGUUGGCCGUAUGCAUCGUACUUGUUUCAAUAAUAUUACCAAUGAAAUGAUGAAAGAACCAAUGCUUUGUGGUGGUGAAUAUCAAUGCCACGAUAUUGAUGAAUCACCGGAUCCAUAUGUUUGCCGUGAAUAUUAUGAAGGACCAAAUGAUGGUAUUACAAAUUUCGAUAAUUUUGGCCUAGCAAUGUUGACAGUAUUUCAAUGUGUCACCAAUGAAGGUUGGACCGAUGUUCUUUACUAUAUCAACGAUUCCGUCGGAAAUUCGUGGCCUUGGAUUUAUUUUAUUAGUCUGAUUAUAUUGGGUUCAUUUUUUGUUAUGAAUCUUGUUUUGGGUGUUUUAAGCGGUGAAUUUUCAAAAGAAAGAGAAAAAGCUAAAGCACGUGGUGAUUUUCAUAAAUUGAGAGAAAAACAACAAAUUGAAGAAGAUUUACGUGGUUAUUUGGAUUGGAUUACACAAGCUGAAGAUAUUGAUCCAGAUGAUAAAGAUACCGUUGGUGGUGGUGGUGGUGGUGGCAGCGGUGGUGUUGGUGGCGGUGUUGGUGGUAAUCGUGGCCGUGAACGUGGACAAAACAAUGAAGAAAACGAGAUUGAAUGUGAUGAUGAUGAUAAUGGAAACCAGGAAAAGCAACCAUCAUAUUGGACAAUGAAAAAAAUGCAAUUAUCACGCAUUAAUCGUCGUAUGCGUCGUGCUUGUCGUAAGAUAUGUAAAUCACAAGCAUUAUAUUGGACAAUAAUUGUGUUAGUAUUUUUGAAUACAUUAACAUUGGCAUCCGAACAUUAUAAUCAACCACAAUGGUUAGACGAUUUUCAAGAAGUGGCCAAUGUUGUUUUUGUUACAUUAUUCUUGUUGGAAAUGUUAUUGAAAAUGUAUUCAUUAGGAUUGAAAGGUUAUUUUUUCUCACUAUUCAAUCGUUUUGAUUGUUUUGUUGUUAUCAGUUCAAUUAUUGAAUCAAUAUUAACAUAUUCAGACGUAAUGCCACCAUUGGGUGUAUCUGUAUUACGUUGUGUACGUUUACUAAGAAUCUUCAAAGUGACCAAAUAUUGGUUAUCAUUACGAAAUCUGGUUGCAUCAUUAAUCAAUUCAAUGCGUGCAAUUGCCUCAUUAUUAUUGCUAUUAUUCUUAUUUAUUGUGAUUUUUUCAUUGCUUGGAAUGCAAGUUUUUGGUGGAAAAUUUAAUUUUCCCGAACAAAAACCACGACAUAAUUUCGAUUCAUUUUGGCAAUCAUUAUUAACGGUAUUUCAAAUAUUGACCGGUGAAGAUUGGAAUGUGGUCAUGUAUGAUGGUAUCAAAGCGUAUGGCGGUGUUUCCAAACCCGGCAUUUUGGCCUGUGUUUAUUUUAUCAUUUUAUUCAUUUGCGGCAAUUAUAUUUUGCUCAACGUUUUCUUGGCCAUUGCUGUGGAUAAUUUGGCUGAUGCUGAAAGUUUAACAAUAGAAAAAGAGGAUGAAGAAUUGGAAGAAGAAGAAGAUGGAAUGUUGAUGAUGACACCAGAAGCUAUUGAAGAACAGCGAAGAUUGAAAAAAUUACAACGGCGACGGCGACGACGACGUCGUAGAAGACGAUUAAAAAAAUUACAAAUGUUACAACAACAACAACAACAAAAAGAAACAACUAAUGAAGAGCUUAGUGGUAAAUCAUUAGAUUUAGAAAUAUCAUCAUCCAACAAAAUGAUGAUUAAUGAUCCAAAAUCUGAAAAUAAUAAUGUCAAUGAUGAUCAAGAUGAAGAUUAUGGUGCUGAUGAUGAUGAUGACGAUGAAGAUGAUGAUGAAAUGGAUGAUGAAGAUGAAGAUGAUGUUGAUGAAAAUGACGAAGAUGAAGAAAUAGAAAUUGGUGCAAAUCUUGUUGGUGAAGGUGAAAUUGACGAAGAUGAUGAUGAUGAUGAUAAACAAGAUAAUGGAAUGAAAAUUGUUGUUGGUGCAUUACCUAAACGUCUUUCGGAGGUGAAUAUAACGAAAAAAAUACCACCGAUACCGAAAUCACGGUCGUUUUUUAUAUUUUCACAUACAAAUAGAUUCCGUGUUGCCUGUCAUCGAUUUAUAAAUCAUAAUUAUUUUGGUAAUGUUGUUCUCAUGUGUAUUAUAAUCAGUAGCACAAUGUUGGCAGCUGAAGAUCCAUUGAAUGCCUUUUCUUAUCGUAAUAUUAUUUUAAAUUAUUUUGAUUAUUUUUUCACCACAAUAUUCACCAUUGAAAUAUCGCUCAAGACAAUCGCUUAUGGUGUUAUAUUGCAUAAAGGAAGUUUUUGUCGUAGCUAUUUCAAUUUGCUUGAUAUUCUUGUCGUCUGUUGUUCAUUGAUUUCGUUCUUUUUUUCCAAUGGUACAUUUUCUGUAAUCAAAAUUCUUCGUGUAUUACGUGUGCUAAGACCAUUGCGUGCAAUAAAUCGUGCUAAAGGUCUCAAGCAUGUCGUAUCCUGUGUAAUUGUGGCCAUUAAAACCAUUGGUAAUAUCAUGUUGGUGACAUUCUUGCUCAAUUUUAUGUUUGCUGCAAUUGGCUGUCAGUUAUUCAAGCUUGUUGUCAAAUCAGUAUUGGUUGCUAUUAAAAUGAUUGGACAAAUUUUGAUGGUUACAUAUCUACUACAAUUCAUGUUUGCCGUUGUUGCCGUGCAAUUAUUCAAGGGAACACUAUUUGAAUGUACGGAUAUAUCGAAAAGUGUUGAAGAAGAAUGCCAAGGAUAUUUCAUUUCAUAUGAUGAUGAAGGCAAUCCCGAAAUAUCGGAACGUAAAUGGGAUAGAAAUAAAUUUCAUUUUGAUGAUAUCGGUGCAGCAAUGUUAACACUUUGUACUGUAUCAACAUUUGAAGGAUGGCCAGAUCUAUUACAUCGAUCUAUUGAUUCACAUGCAGAAAAUUAUGGUCCUGUUUAUAAUAAUCGUCCAUAUGUGGCCAUAUUUUAUAUAAUUUACAUUAUUGUCAUUGCAUUUUUUAUGGUCAAUAUUUUUGUCGGUUUCGUUAUCGUUACUUUCCAGAAUGAAGGUGAACAGGAAUAUAAAAAUUGUGAAUUGGAUAAAAAUCAACGAAAUUGUAUUGAAUUUGCAUUGAAAGCUCGUCCUGUACGGCGUUAUAUACCAAAAGCACGUGUCCAAUAUAAAGUAUGGUGGCUAGUGACAUCACAUUAUUUUGAAUAUCUAAUAUUUGCAAUGAUUUUACUCAAUACAAUUACAUUGGCAAUGCGGUAUAAUAAUCAACCAGAAUCAUAUUCAUACGUGCUUAAUGUAUUGAAUAUAAUUUUUACUGCAUUAUUUACAGUGGAAUUUGUAUUGAAAUUAUUUGCUUUCCGUUUUAAGAAUUAUUUCGGUGAUCCCUGGAAUUGUUUCGAUUUUUUUAUCGUAUUGGGCAGUUUAAUCGAUAUUGUUUUCGAACAAAUCAAUCCACAUGAAUCCAAAGGAAAAGCCACUGUUCGACCAACAUUUUUACGACUAUUUCGUGUAAUGCGUCUAGUAAAAUUAUUAAGCCGUGGUGAAGGCAUCAGAACAUUGUUGUGGACAUUUUUGAAAUCAUUUCAGGCCCUACCAUAUGUUGCAUUGCUGAUAUUAAUGUUAUUCUUCAUUUAUGCUGUGAUUGGAAUGCAAGUUUUUGGAAAAAUUGGCCUAGAUGAUGAAACCAGUAUAACAAGAAAUAAUAAUUUUCAAACAUUUUUUCAAGCCAUUUUGGUACUAUUUCGUUCGGCUACUGGUGAAGCAUGGCAAGAAAUAAUGAUGGAUUGUGCCGAUACACGUGAUGUACGAUGUGAUCCACUGUCAGAUGAAGGAUCUAAAGAUCGUAAUGCAAAUUGUGGUUCAAUGUUGGCCAUACCGUAUUUUAUUUCAUUUUAUAUAUUGUGUUCAUUUUUGAUUAUCAAUCUUUUUGUUGCUGUUAUUAUGGAUAAUUUUGAUUAUCUAACACGUGAUUGGUCAAUACUUGGUCCACAUCAUUUGGAUGAAUUUGUACGGCUAUGGUCGGAAUAUGAUCCUGAUGCUAAAGGACGUAUCAAACAUUUGGAUGUUGUUACAUUGUUACGUAAAAUAUCACCACCACUUGGUUUUGGAAAACUUUGUCCACAUAGAGUUGCCUGUAAACGAUUAGUAUCGAUGAAUAUGCCAUUGAAUAGUGAUGGUACCGUUAUGUUUAAUGCAACAUUAUUUGCCAUCGUACGUACAGCGUUGAAAAUUAAAACCGAUGGCAAUAUUGACGAAGCAAAUGAAGAAUUGCGUGCUGUUAUACGCAAAAUAUGGAAACGUACUAGUCCAAAAUUAUUGGAUCAAGUUGUACCACCGGCAACGGAUGAUGAAGUUACUGUGGGGAAAUUUUAUGCCACCUUUUUGAUACAGGAUUAUUUUCGUCGUUUCAAGAAAAAGAAAGAAGAACGUGAACGUAUGAAUAAUCGUGAUCUCGAAGAUACGGUAGCAUUACAGGCUGGUUUGCGUAGCUUACAUGAAUUUGGCCCAGAAAUUCGUCGUGCCGUAUCCGGUAAUUUGGAUGAAGAUAACUUUGAAAACGGACCAGAUUGGGAACCAAUGCAUCGUCGUAAUCAUACAUUAUUCGGUAAUGUAUGGUCACAAUUAUCGACGGUGAAAUUACGUAAAGCACCGGCCACAUUUCAUCAAAGCGACGGUAAAGAUGAUCAUGAAUUUGUUUUUUCACGAGUUCAAUCAGGUCGACAACCACGUAAUAAUGAUAAUGGCCGUAAUAACAGCAAUAGGCAACCAUUACAACGAACAAAUAGUGGUGGUGGCAAACCAUCCGGUGCUGCUGAUGCAUUAGUUGAUCGUAUAUUACGUGAAGAAGGAUUGGGUAAAUAUUUGGAUUCGGCAGUGAUUCGUGCUGCACAACAAGAGCUAGCUGAAGCUUGUGAUUUAACACCUGAAGAAAUGGAUCGUGCUGCACAACGUCUAUUACAAUUGGAACAAAGAGCACGUAAUAAUGCUGCUAGUAGUGGUGGUGCCGGUAGCGGUGGUGGCAAUCAAAAUGCAAAUCAACAACAUCGUCAUUGAAUCAUUUUUUGUUGCCUUUUUUUCUUGAUUACCAAGAAAAAACAAACGAGCUCUGUGAUAAUUGUGAAAACAAAAAAAAAAUCUGAAUUGAAACUACAACUAUUCAGUACAAAAUACUGAUGAUGAUGAUGAUGAUGAUGAUUAAAUUAUGAGUCAAAUUUGUUAUCUUUCUUUAUUAUUGUUUGACCCAAAAUAACCAAAAAAAAAAAAAAAAAAUCUGAAAUGAAUCAUUGCGUUAUUAUUGACUUCCGUUGUUGUUGUUGUUAUUGUUAUUGUGAAAAAAAUGAAAUAAAAUUUAUGUCAUCAUCAUCAUCAUCAUCAUCAUCGUUAUAUUUUUUUUCGGUCAAAAUGACAACAAAAAGCAAAAAUCUAGAGCUGAAGAAUUGAAAUACCAAAAAAAAAAAAAAAAAAAAAAAUUGUAUCUC